GGUUCCCGGCCCGCAUGGAGGCGGCCUCGCCGGCGGGACCCGAAGCCCCGCGGCCUGCGGCGCAGGGAGCGGAGGGCGCGUCCCGAAGCCUGUGGCUCAGGAUACAAGGCAAACUCUUCACCUGGAAUAUUUUGAAAACGAUUGCUCUGGGUCAGAUGUUGUCCUUGUGUAUCUGUGGAACAGCCAUCGCCAGCCAGUAUUUGGCAGAAAGAUACAAAGUGAACACUCCCAUGCUUCAGAGCUUUAUCAACUAUUGCUUACUAUUCCUGGUGUAUACAAUGAUGCUGGCAUUUCAAUCAGGCAGUGAUAACCUUUUAAUAAUCUUGAAAAGGAAAUGGUGGAAGUACAUUCUGCUGGGACUAGCAGAUGUGGAAGCCAAUUACCUGGUUGUCAGAGCCUACCAGUACACAACUCUAACCAGCGUCCAGCUCUUGGAUUGCUUUGGGAUUCCUAUGUUGAUGGCUCUCUCGUGGUUUAUUCUUUAUGCAAGAUACAGAGUGAUCCACUUCAUUGCUGUGUCUAUCUGUCUGCUGGGCGUGGGAACCAUGGUUGGUGCAGAUGUCUUAGCAGAGAGGCAAGACAAUUCAGGGAGCAAUGUGCUGCUUGGUGACAUCUUUGUCCUUCUUGGGUCUUCCCUCUAUGCCAUUUCUAAUGUUUGUGAAGAAUACGUCGUGAAGAAGCUGAGCAGACAGGAGUUUCUAGGAAUGGUGGGCUUAUUUGGGACAAUUAUCAGUGGCAUACAGCUAUUGAUUGUGGAAUAUAAGGAUAUUGCCAGCAUUCACUGGGACUGGAAAAUUGCCUUGCUGUUUGUGGCAUUUGCCCUCUGUAUGUUUUGCCUGUAUAGCUUCAUGCCAUUGGUGAUUAAAGCCACUAGUGCUACCUCUGUCAACCUGGGCAUCUUGACAGCAGAUCUUUACAGCCUUUUCUUUGGACUCUUUCUGUUUGACUAUAAGGUAAGCAAAUAAGUCAUGUUCAAAUAAGAACACUUGUUUAGUCCAAAAGAAGUAGCAAGUUUCUUCAAGAUUCUUAA